GCGUCUCUAUGGCUCCUCCCCUUUGGUUCCUAUGAGGAGGGUGCGUCACUUCCGGCGGCGCGCUGCGCUUCCGCUGCGUCUCGGUGCUUCCGGCGGGAGGGCGGCGGCGGUGAAAGUCACUUUGACGGGAGUCGGUGGUAAAGCGCCAUGGCGGAGGACAUCAAGGCCAAGCUGGAGCGGUACAAGACGGCGCCGUUCGACAGCCGCUUCCCCAACCAGAACCAGACCAAGAACUGCUGGCAGAACUACCUGGAUUUCCACCGCUGCGAGAAGGCGAUGGCGGCCAAGGGGGCGGACGCCAGCCCCUGCCAGUGGUAUUAUCGCGUCUACAAGUCGCUCUGCCCCACGGCCUGGGUGACGACGUGGGACGAGUACCGCGAGGAGGGGACCUUCCCCGGCAAGAUCUGAGCUCUGCCCGCCCCUCCCCCCCACACCCCCCGCCCCUCCCCCACCCCGGGGAGUGGGGGGGGGAGGGGACGCCCGUGUCACUGCGGGGGGGGGGGAGGGGACACCGCUGUCACUGGGGCGCUGCCGCGGCCAAUAAAGGGUUAAACUGG